CUGAUUACUUAGGGCAUGUAGAAUGUAUAUUACAUGAUAUGCCUUGAAGCUAACAGUUUAUGCCGCAUAGAUCUAAUUUGUGGAAGUAAUGUUUCGUUCAAAGCGUACCUUUGAAGAGUAUCAGCACUUGCUUGAAAACGAAGGCGGAGCUCCAAACGAAUUUACUGUGCAUGAUAUAGAUGAAACUUAUAGUGAAGAGGAUAAUCACUACAAUCAUGAUUAUGGAGAUCGUGAUGACUCUGAUGUCGUAUUUGAUUUGGAUCCAUCUCUUAUACCCGUACCUGAAGGGUUUAAUGACGAUGAAGAAGUGUUGACCAUAGAUGCUCAAGGAAACGUGAGUAAGCUUAGCGGACGAAUUACCGUAAAUGUGGUGAUUGUCUUGGAUGCUGGAACUAGAAUUCUAGUACCAAUGAACAAGCUUUUACAACCUGUUAAGAAAGCGGGAGAGGACAAUAGGACCAUUUAUCUUUUCAGUGGUAGCAAUAAAAGAGGUAAAUUUGUGAAAAUCCAAGAGAUUAGAAGAGAGGGCAGUACUUUCCUAGCUAUCCCCUUUGAUUCAUUCGCUGAUGGCCCAAAUCUCUUCACCAAGGCUCUCUCCUUAUUCACCAAGAGAGCUACCAACCUUGAGGAAAGCUCAAAGGUGUGUGUGCUUGGGGAACUCCAGGAACCUCUGCGCCAUUCUCCCACCGGAAGUGCAGCUUCAUCGCUGCCUACAACAGGACAGGAUGUAAAUACCCAACGAAGUGGUGAUGUCACAAGUUCAGAAGGCUUUGUUGGAGAUCCCACCUCUACGGUAACUAACAAGCAACUCGUUAUUUUCCAAACCAAAGCAGCUCCUAAUUAUAGCCUUUCCACAAGCCAAAUCGAAGAGUUUCCACCUCUGCCACGGAAAAUCCUUAGUCCUUUUGCUCCCACCUUUGUGCCCGCUGUAUACUCCUACACUGAUAUUUUCACUAAGGAUCAAGGAUUCAAAGCUACUGCUGAGCCGGAAGAAGACCCCUUUACAAAUCUCAAUGGCCAAAGCUUGGUUCUAUCCCUCAACGCAGUGGAAGAUCACACCAAGGACAGGGAAGGACCCAUUCUCUAUACCCACUCCGAUGGGGAGGAUUUUGUUUUCAUAGACACAAAGCUCAAACCUUUGCAAAUUGACUUCUCAAGAUGCUCCAAACACCCCCUCCAUCUCCGUAAGGAACUAAAGGGAAGAAGGACGUACUCACCGUCACAAAUUGUUAUGAGGAGUAAGGCUAAAAUCCUUGAGCAAGGAAGGAAAUUUAAUCCUAUCGGCUGGGUCGAAGAAGAAGACUUGUUAGAUCCCCAAGAAUCACAUGAGGACGAGGUUAUCAAAUUCUUCAAACUUUGCUGUCCUAACAAGAUAGAAGAUCAUAAACCCCUCAGCAAACCUCUAACCAAAACUCAAAAAAAGAAAAUGAAGAAGAAAAAGAAGCAGUCUCAAUUUUCUGACUAUGGUUUCGAUGAAGAGAUAGAAUAUGCUUAUUGAUUGACCUGCUGUAAUUUUAUUUCUCUAACCCAUCUCUUGAAUUAUCUACCUAUUGUUUGUUACUGCCCAUUGGUUUCCAAGCCUACGUUUUGGAGUUGCAGCUUAUCCGUUUUAGAGCACUGGUUUUUCAUCUCUUCACAAAUGCCAUUACCUAAGGGUAAUUUCACAGAUGCGUUGGGAUGCUCCUGCUGGGUAGCAGGUACAAGGUAUUACCACAAAGCUAGGACAUAU